GACGAGAUAAGGAGCGGUUGAGAGAGAUGGGGAGGGCGAAAGCAGCAGAGCUGAUCAAGAAGAAGCGGUGGGUGAUAUGGCAGCAGUGGCGUUUGUGGUGGGGCGAGGAGGAGGAAUUACACGCAACUGCCACUGCUGCCGCGGGGUUAUCCCUUGGCUCAGCAUCCAAGUCUGUCCGCGAGGCAAAUGCGGCCGGUAUUCCUGUUAAAGCCCUCGCUCUUGCGUCCCGGAUCCGUGUUUCUUCACCUGGCCGCACUUCUUGGGCUGCUGCUUCCCGCCGGCCUGCCCAGGUUCCCCAGGCAGCCGACCGGGACGUUGAGUGUGUUUCUCCCUCUCGCCUUCUCGCUCUCUGCACCCCUUUCGCCACAGCAAAUAACGAGGAGGCUGCAGAAAUACUUGCUCUCUUGAAUCCUCCCUCUCGCUCCAGGCGCCGCCCAAGCUUCCUCACUCGCUCCAGGCCUCGCGCAAGUUCCAAUGCUUGCUCCACUACUCGCAACACCCCUCGCUCUCGCUCCACUCCUCUCGUCCCAUCUGCUCCUGCCACGCCCGAGCCUGCUCAGAGGGCUGUGCCGGCUCCUCCUGAUCCGGCUGCUGUUCAGUCUCUUGAGCUGCAGCAGCAGGAGCAGCAGGGGGGGGAAGAGCACCAGCAGCAGCAGCAGCAGCAGCAGGAGCGGCAGGAGGAGUAUGGAGUCCCGCAGAAGUAUUUCGGCGUGUCGUUCCGCUACAACAAGUGGGAGAUCCGUAUUUCCGUGUCAGCCGCACUCAAGAAGCGGUAUGGGCUGGGGGAGCAGCUUUACUGCGCGCGGUGGGAGCGGGAGCAAGGGGAGGAGGCGGCAGCAGCAGCAGAAGCAAUUCAUUUCGUGCUGGGGAGAAGGCCGAAGAGAGCAUACGAGUUUAUCACAGAGGAGGAGAGAGAGCGGUUGAGAGAGAUGGGGAUGGAUCGGGCGAUGAGGCUGAUCAUGCAGGGCAAGUGGAAGACAUGGCGGGAGUGGCGGCCGGGGCACGAAGGGGAGGAGGGAGCGGAAGGGGGGGAAGAGGGGGAGGUGGGAGGAGGAGGAGGGGUGGUGGGUGGUGAGGGGAUGGAGUUGGGAGGUGAGACGGGCGGUGGGGACGGGGGAGUGGGGGGAGUGGGGGAAGUGGGGGGAGUGGGUGGGGUAGAGGGUUUUUCGAGGCCGAAGAGGAAAAGAGCUCCAAGGAGGGUUGUGAGGGAGGGGAGGGAUGAUGCUGAAUCUGGGGGUGAGUGUGGUGAGGGGGGAGUGGGUAGUGCGAGGGGAGGGAGAGGGAGAGGAGGGAGGGGGGGAAGAGGAGGGAGGGGAGGGAGUGGAGGUGGGGCAAGGAGAGUAAGGGGAAGAGGAAGAGGAGGGGGAGUGGCAGGGGGAGGAGGUAGAGCGGAAAUGGUUGGCUACACUGAUCUGGCGGGGGGUGAGGAGGAGGUGUUGUAUGAAACGGGGGAGGAGAGAUGGAGUGCGAGGGGGUUCACGUGGGACGAGGGGCACGGUGGGGGGGGCAGGGGGGGAGGUGCGAGGGACGGCGAAGGAGGGUGGGAGGAGGAAGAGACAGAGGAGGGGGGGGACGAGGGAGAGGAGGGUGGGGGUGGGUGGGAGGAGGAAGGGUGGGAUGAGGAGGCGUGGGAGGAGGAGCUGUAUAAUGCGUACCGCUUGAGGGAGAUGCUUGGAGGGCUCAUGUGA